AUGGGAUUAACAUUUGAGAUAGCAGAAGGUGGUUUCUUAGACAUAGAUAUCACAAUUACUGGUCCUGAUGGUGCAGUAAUACAUAAAGGAGAAAGAGAGUCUUCUGGUAUCUAUACAUUUUCAGCUCCCACUUCAGGACGCUACACAUACUGCUUUAGCAAUAAAAUGUCUACGAUGACACCGAAGGUGGUGAUGUUUAACUUGGAAGUUGGAGAUUCCCCUGCAAAAAAUGGUGAGAAAGAAGAUGAAGUUAAUCACAAUAAUCUGGAAAAUAUGAUCAAAGAACUUGCUGCCACACUGAAGACUGUAAAACAUGAACAAGAGUAUAUGCAGGUUCGCGACCGCAUUCACCGGGCUAUUAAUGAAAGCACAAAUUCUAGAGUUGUGAUGUGGUCAAUCUUUGAAGCCUCCGUACUAUUGGUCAUGACUCUAGGUCAAGUCUAUUAUCUAAAGAGAUUCUUCGAGGUGCAACGCGUCGUA